AUGGACGCACCCCGGGGUGUAGUUGCCGUUCUAAGCGAGGCCCUGUGCCUCGCACUCCGGAGCAAGAAGCACAUGCUCCCCUGCCUCCUGCUCGCCCUGAUCCCGAGCUCCCUCCAGCUGGCCGGCGGCCAUGUCUCCGCCUACUCUCUUCUCCUGGGCUUCAUCGCCAGGCUGCACUCCCUCGGCCGGGAGCACCCCGUCACGCCGCGGUUCUACGACCUGCUCGUCCGCCUCAAGGCCGACGCGGACUCCCUCUCGCACGCCAGCGUCGCCCUCGUCGCCGCCUCCCACCUCGGCUACCUCGCGUCCACGGUGGUCAUCGUGCACGCCGCCUCGGCGGCCUGCGCCGGCAGCAGGCACCUGACGGCGAAGGACCUGCUCGCGAAGCUGGCCGCGUCGUGGAAGGGGCCCCUGGUGACCUAUCUCUACUCCACCCUCCUCUCCGUGGGCUACACCGCGCUGUCGGUCUCCCUCAUCGCCGUCCCGGCCCUGAAUUACGCGGCCGGCGGCGGCGGCGGGCCGUCGCUCGUUCGGCGCGCCGUCGUCGCCGCCGCAGCCGCCGCAGCCGCGGCGCGGUUCUUGCACAUCUACCUGGCCAUGGUGUGGACCGUCGGGGUGGUGGUCUCGGUCGUCGAGGACGGCUGCCGCGGCCUGGAGGCGCUGCACAGGGCCGGGGAGGCCGUGAGGGCGCGGCGGGCGCAGGGGUUCCUCAUCGCGCUGGCGCUGGCCGUCGCCAACGCCUUCCUCGGCUCCGGCGGCGGCGGCGGCGGCCGGGGGUGGAGGGACGCGCCGGCGUGCGCCCUGCGCGUCCUGCUCGGGAUGUUCUCCCCCAUGGUGUACACCGUGUUCUACCACGAGUGCAAGAGGAGCCACGGCGGCGACGGUGCGCCGCAGGAGCUGGCUCAUCGCACCAAGGCGGACCAUGAUCGCGGCGCAAGCAGCGAGGGAGUGGUUUGA